UGAUCAUGUAUUCUCACCCUGGUACGCUCUCAGGGUUUCAUUAAUCAAGUGGCCUUUCCCGACGAUUGAGGCGAAGGAAUCGAGGUUCUCGUCGCGUGUCAUGUAUUACUCAAUGUAUCAAUCGUGAGACAUCGGAUUACAUUGAAUUGUCUUUAUAUUUUGGUCCGUAGGGCAUAGGGCAACCUCAGCUCGAAGCGGUGGUGGGUGCCAGCAAGCAUUGGAUUCGCUCAAUGACUACCGUCUUCAUACAUCUCCAUGUUCGCUCGAAGUCGCGUGGCGAGGUACGCGAAUACAAUCGAUCAUCAUGACAUCUCCGAGAGGAUACGUGCUAUGGCGCAGACAAAGAAUGGCUGGUCAGAUACACUAGCAUUACCAAAAUCAAAAUUUCCGGCUCGGCCAUCCGGCGACGACAUCGAGAGGUAUCGCAAGAGAUGUGCCGACGAGCUGUAUCAAUGGCAGCGAUCACAUCGGAGUUCCCCCAGUCGUGUCAAUCGUGACGCAAGGGAUGGCGAGAAUGAUACGACGGCACUGGGCAGUGAUUUCGUGCUCCACGAUGGCCCUCCAUACGCGAACGGCGCCGUCCACGUCGGACAUGCGCUGAACAAAAUACUCAAGGAUCUGAUUGUUCGAUCGGAGCUUGCGCGCGGCAAGAGAGUGCAGUAUCGUCCGGGAUGGGAUUGUCAUGGCCUUCCAAUCGAAUUAAAGGCGUUGCAGCAGAUCAGCACGGUUCCAUCAACUUCGAAAUCGUCAAAAGAUGGUGUCAGGAAGGAGUCCGAAGCCAUAUCGGCUACCGCCAGUCGAAUGAGUUCAGCUGAAAUACGACAAGCUGCACGAGCGCUCGCAAAUGCGACCGUUGAUGCACAAAGAAAGAGCUUCAAGGGAUGGGGUGUCAUGGGCGAGUGGGAAAGUCCCUAUCUGACCAUGGACAAGGACUUUGAAAUCAGACAACUGGGCAUCUUUCGCAAGAUGGUGCAGCAAGGCCUCAUAUCUCGUCAUCGUAGACCUGUACACUGGUCCCCGUCCUCGAAGACCGCUUUAGCGGAGGCCGAGCUCGAGUACGAUGAUGAUCAUAGGUGCAUUGCUGCGUUUGUUAGAAUGCCUCUGCUCGGGCUUCCAAAAAUUCUCCAAUCCAAUUCUGACAUCCACCCAGACAGGCUGAGCGCUCUUAUCUGGACAACGACACCUUGGACACUUCCCGCCAACCAAGCCAUUGCGGUGCACAAAGAUAUCGAGUACUGUGUUGCGCAAGUCAAUAUACCCGACGCUUCGACUAAGCCCGAUCAAAUCAUUCUCGCGAAAGCAAGACUUGAGCAUGUGUCGUCACAUCUGCCCGAAGGUGCCUCCUUGAACGUCGUAGUCGAGUCUGUGCUAGGUGCUGAUCUCGUCACGGGAGACGCUGCAUGCUACAACAUCUUCACCGCAUCACAAUCUCCCAUUGUAGAAGCGGCAUUUGUCACGGAUACGUCCGGCACUGGUGUCGUGCACAUGGCGCCAGGCCACGGCAUGGACGAUUGGUUGGUCUGCCAAUCGAAGGGAAUUGGGCCAGCUAUCGCCCCUGUAGAUGACGCUGGUCGUUACACCUCAGAGGUUUUUCCUGCAAGCAAUGGUCGCGUCAAUCUUCCGGGCAUUGAUGUGCAGGUGAAGGGCGUACAGGCUGUGCUAGAAAUCCUACGUCAACCCAAGGAGCAUGUGAACAAUACUGCCGUUGAUGUGGAUCGAAGUCUUUUGUUAGCUUCGCAUUCCUUCAGGCACAAGAAUCCAAUCGACUGGCGUACAAAGCAGCCCAUCAUCACAAGAGCCACAGCUCAGUGGUUCGCAGACACGCACGCCAUCAGGGACCGAGCUCUUGGUGCGCUGGGUGAUGUUCGAUUUAUACCCGAAUCGGGUAGAAGUAGACUUCAGAGUUUCAUAGGCGGUCGGAGUCAGUGGUGUAUCUCUCGGCAACGCGCCUGGGGCGUUCCAAUCCCUGCUCUCUACAACAAGGAGACUGGCGAGGUCUGCUUCUCAGAUGAAAGCAUUGGACACAUCAUCUCCGUUGUCAAGGAACGCGGCACAGACGCUUGGUUUACAGACCCAGAAGAUGAUGCUGCGUGGUUAUGUCCAGAUCUCGAGGCCGGGAAAUGGGUACGAGGGAAAGAUACCAUGGAUGUGUGGUUUGAUUCAGGGACGACAUGGACCUCAUUGCACUCCGAUUAUGAUACCUUUGCUGGGAGUGAUGUCUGUGUUGAAGGCUCCGAUCAGCAUCGAGGUUGGUUCCAGAGCAGUCUUCUAACAAAAGUGGCUUCCGGUGAUGCGACGCAAAGCGCUACUGCUCCUUACAAGAUGUUGAUCACGCACGGCUUCACGUUGGAUGGCGACGGGAGGAAGAUGAGCAAGAGCAUUGGCAAUGUCAUAUCGCCAGACGAAAUCAUUUCCGGCAAAUUGGUAGCGCCGUCAAAGAAGAACAAAUCCAAGGUUCCAGCGAAUCCCAGCGCUAGCACGAAGACUGCAAGCACGCUCGGCCCAGAUGUGCUGCGUUUGUGGGUGGCAUCCUCUGACUACACCAGGGACGUAUCCAUUUCGCAGCCUGUCCUGCAGAACGUACAACAAGCUCUGCAGAAGUAUCGUGUGACUCUCAAAUUCCUGCUGGGCGUUCUCCACGAUUAUCCCAGCCCAGUCCUCGAUCCUCAACAUUUGCGUCAAUUCGGCUUUGGUGAUCAGGUCGUCCUUUCGCGUCUGGCACGGUGCAGCGAGACUGUAUUCAACGCCUAUCGCGAAUACAAAUUCUAUUCAGGUGUCAACGAGAUAAACAAAUUCGUCAAUAACAACCUCAGCGCAUUCUACUUCGAAAUCAUCAAGGAUCGACUUUACGCUGGUAACACGAGUAUUCGGCGCCACACACAAUCUGUUUUGGUUCUGAUCCUGCGGGAACUGCUCCAGAUGCUAGGGCCGGUCACACCCCACCUGGUCGAAGAAGCGUGGGAAUGGAUGCCGCCACAGAUGAAAGGUCUGAACACUCAAGAUGGUGAUGCGGCAUUGCCAAAUCUUGACCUUCACCCCUUGCGUCAGAUCUGGAAGGAACCUUUCUCGACUGAAAGGGUCGGUUUCAACCCAGCCGACACGUUCGAAGACACUGUAGUGCUGUACGAGACGCUCAGCUUGGCUGUGAAGGCCGCGCAGGAGGAGGCUCGUGUUGCAAGGCAUUUGGGAAGCGGCCUCGCCUGCAGCGUUGAAAUCUACUUGCCUGAAUCACCAUUGGCCCAAGCUAGCAUGCGUCUCUGGGCUGACGAGCACGAGCUGGCAAAUUUGCUUGUCGUCAGCCAAGUCAGCAUUCUGUCAAUGGCGGAUAAUGUCCCAGAGCAGUCGACUCCCUCCGAUACGUCGUGGUCCACCGAGGCCGAGGUGGCAUUUCCCCGGUCGGCAUCGGGAUCGUCGAGUGCGAUGUCGGACUUUUGGAAGGGCAAAGUCGUGAUUCGCCCGCCGACCGCGAAGAAGUGUCCACGUUGCUGGAAGUAUACCGCUCACAGCGAGACCAUACCUUGCACUCCGUGUCAGGAGAGCAUCGUCGAGCAGCUGGACAAUUGAGCUGCGAGCAUGUAUUGUGUAGAAUAGAA